ACAAUAAAGUUUAGAUUUUUCAAAAAAGGUCAGAUGACAGCCACAUAACAGUGAGAUGUAGUUCAUAGCUGGCCUGGGGUGGUGGGGUAUAACAUCAAUACAUAGUACUAGUGUAUGUACACUCUCUAUAUACCACAUGAAUAUACCACUUGUAGAUCAAUCAAAUACCCAACAUACUCAACUCUUUACUCUUCCUAGCUCCAUUUAUCACUGUACUAUUUUUCAUGCAUAAAAUCAAGAAUUGGUAGGUAAAAUAUGGUGAAAUUUUCAGAGAAAGUUGGGUCAUUUGUGAAUGAUCGAUGGCUAGUAUUUGUAGCUUCGAUGUGGGUACAAUCUUGUUCAGGGAUUGGGUAUUUGUUUGGGAGUAUAUCACCAGUGAUCAAGAGUGGUAUGGGUUAUAACCAGAGGCAAAUUGCUUUGUUGGGUGUGGCUAAAGAUUUGGGUGAUGCUAUUGGUUUUCUUGCUGGUAGUUUGUGUGAAGUUUUGCCUAUUUGGGCUGUUUUGUUUAUUGGGGUUGUUCAGAAUUUUGUGGGGUAUGGUGUUGUUUGGAUGAUUGUUGCUCACAAGUUGCCUGCUUUGCCUCUCUGGGUGGUUAGUUCUCACUCUUUCUUGAUUGGGGUAUUUGUUUUCAUAUUUGUUGCAAUUCUUGGUUGUGAUUGUUGUUUUGAUAAAUGGGGUAAGCUUGCUUUAGGAGUUGAUGCAAGAAAGUAGCUAGCUUUAUUGAAGUUUGCAAUCCGAGUUUUACAUUCAUUGACUAUGAUCUGAAAUUUGCCCAUCUAUCUGGCUGUUCUGUUCACUGGGGUUGUUCAGAGUUUUGUUGGAUAUGGUGUUGUUUGGAUAUUCUGAGGCAGUGGUACGGACUGUGUACACUUACCCUCCCCAGACCUCACUGUGUGGAAAUAUACUGGGUAUGUUGUUGUUGUUGUUGUUGUAUGGUGUUGUUUUAAUGAUUGUUGCUCACAAGUUGCCUUCCUUGCCUCUUUGGGUGCUUUGCGUUUUAAUAUUUAUUGGGACUAAUGGUGAGACGUACUUCAAUACAGGAGCCUUAGUUUCCUGUGUACAGAAUUUUCCGAAAAGCCGUGGUCCUAUAGUGGGGAUACUUAAAGGAUUUGCUGGGCUAAGUGGUGCAAUUUUGACACAAGUUUAUGCUAUGUUCCACUUUCCUGAUCAAGCCUCCCUUGUUUUCAUGGUUGCUGUUGGGCCAUCAAUUGUAAUUACCGCUGUGAUGUUCUUGGUUAGACCUGUAGGUGGUCACAAACAAGUUAGACCUUCAGAUCAUUCGAGUUUCCUAUUUACCUACAGCAUUUGUAUUAUCCUGGCAGCUUAUCUGUUGGCAGUUUUGCUUCUACAGGAUUUAAGCAGUCUAAGUGAGAAAGUGGUAACCUUAUUGACAAUCGUCUUACUAAUUUUAAUAGUGCUUCCAGUUAUUAUUCCUAUCUUUUUGGUUUUCUUCUCUGGACCAAGACCGGUUUUGGAGGAGAGCCUUCUUCCUGAGCCUGAUAAACAAGAAUCCUCUAGAAUGGGGAGUUUCAUUCUCACCCUCAGCGAGACGGAAGAUGAGAAAUCUUCUGAGGCAGAAACACUCCCACCAUCGGAAAGACAAAAGAGAAUUGCGCACUUGCAAGCGAAACUAUACCAAGCAGCAGCAGAAGGAGCAGUUAGAGUCAAGCGGAGAAAAGGUCCACGCAGAGGAGAGGAUUUCACUUUACUUCAGGCUCUAGUAAAGGCAGACUUUUGGCUUAUUUUUAUCUCCCUAGUUCUAGCAUCUGGUUCUGGUUUGACGGUGAUUGAUAAUCUGGGUCAGAUGUCUCAGUCGUUAGGUUAUGCUAACACCCAUAUAUUUGUUUCAAUGAUUAGCAUUUGGAACUUUCUUGGCCGUGUUGCUGGUGGAUACUUCUCUGAGAAUAUAGUAAAAUACUAUGCAUACCCAAGACCAGUGGCAAUGGCUGCAGUUCAAGUUGUUAUGGCAUUUGCUCUAUUCUUCUAUGCUGUGGGCUGGCCUGGUUCAAUAUAUGUGGUCUCCGUGUUUAUAGGACUCUGCUAUGGAGCACACUGGGCUAUUGUACCCGCUGCAGUCUCAGAACUUUUUGGAUUGAAAAGCUUUGGUGCUUUGUAUAACUUCCUUACAUUGGCUAGUCCAGCUGGUUCGCUGAUCUUUUCUGGUGUUAUUGCUAGUGGUAUAUAUGACUAUCAGGCAAAGCAGCAGCACGAACAUCGGAUUCAAGGUUCAGGACUGGGUCUGGGAGUGCCUCUCGUUAAGGAUGAAUUUCUUACUUGCUAUGGUACCAUAUGCUAUUCACUCACAAUGGCCAUCAUGUCGGGACUCUGCAUCAUUGCAUUUAUCUUGAGUAUGAUUGUUGUGCAUCGAACAAAGAGGGUUUAUGCACAAAUCUAUGGCAAUCCUCUAGCUUGAAGGCUAUUCAACGUAAGACACUUCACAGUCUAUAGCAUUCAAAAGUAUCCUGAUUACUCGGCAGAUUACUCAAGUGAUUUUAAGUAAAGAGAAGCAUCACACAUUUAAUCUGCACAUAAACCCCAGAAACUGAAGCCUUUGUCAUGUCUACUCUUAGUUUAUGAACUAUUGUAGUGUGUUCUCGACAAGCACAAUUUUUAGAUUGCCAGUGAAACAUAUUAUUCUGUCUUGUAAUAGAGUCUAUGAAGGCUUUGAAACGUAGUGUGUUCUCGACAAGCACAAUUUUUAGAUUGCCAGUGAAACAUAUUAUUCUGUCUUGUAAUAGAGUCUAUGAAGGCUUUGAAACAUGAGUGUGUGCAUAAUUUGGGAGGUUGUUUUUCUUUAGCCGGCUCUUCCAGUCAUUUGUAAUUCUUGAUCAUAUGUCAUGACCACAUUGUGAUACAUUAUUAAAUUUUUAAUGAAGUGGAGAAUGCAUUUGUUCC